UUUCUGAAACUCGUUUUCCAAUUUUCAGAAAAAGAAUAAUGAGUUUGUUCGUUUGUUAUACUAUGCAUGGCUUUGCAUACUGGGUCGACUUGGAUUAAUUACUUUUUUUUAUUUCGAGUCGUGUCUAAGCAUUAUAUGGUUUAACAUUCAUUAAUUAUUCAUUAAAUGAACGGUUGCAUAACAAAACAUAAGUACGUGAAUCAUAUAUAGCAACAAUAUGACACCCAAAGAUCGCGGGUGGGCAUGGAUGGUUUUAUUGGGUAUCACCUUGGAGAUGGGGCUUAUUAUCGGGAUGCAGAAGUCUGCGGGCAUCCUGUUUGUAGCAAUCCAGGAGCGAUUCCACUCCUCGUCAGCCUUGACCUCCCUUCUGUCCACAAUCCAGUUCCUGUCGUACUGCUUAACAUCUCCUUUUGUUAUGACUGUCGGGUUAAAGUUUCUCAGUUGCCGAGCUUUCGUUAUGGCUGGGAGUCUUCUGCUGUGCGUUGCCUACACAAUCACCUCUGUUGCUAGAAACUUUCAAGUGGUUAUGUUUUCUCAAGGAAUUUUACAAGGUAUUGGUAUAGCAUUUAUUUUGGGACCAUCGUUGUCAAUGAUUGGACAAUACUUUGACAAAAAAAUCGGACUUGCAAACUCCGUGGCAAUUAGCGGUGUUUCCAUUGGAGGCCUUAUAUUUGCGCCACUGAUAACAUACCUUUUCAAAGAAUACGGUUUCCAUGGUUGCCUGUUGCUGUUGGGUUCAUUUCUAUUCCACGGCUGUAUAAGCGGUGCUUUAAUGCGGCCGAUUACAUUUUAUGACGACGUGUUUAACAAAGAGCCUCGGCAAUCAUCAGAGAAUGAAAUAGAACUUUCAAGUUUGACACAAGGUAAACAAAAUGGAGAAAAUGAGUUUGGUGCACAUGAAAAACUCAUGUGUCAUGCGCAUAGCGACACAAACGACGAUGCGGAAGACAAACCAUGUAACGAUGAUAACAAUGAAACAAACUAUCGUGUCGACGGUGUACACAUACCAAUGACAAAGAAUAAAGAACAAAACUGUGUUAAUGGAAACGAUAAGGACAAGGCGAAACAAAACGGAGUCUUGAAGUCGCUUAAAGAUUUAUUUGACAUAAAGGUCUUAACAAAUCCUAUGUUCUUGGCAUUUGAAUUAUCCGCUAUAUUUCUUGGACCAAGUAGUAUGAUAUGCCCGUUAUAUGUUGCACCAUAUGCAGCAGAAAAUGGAAUAGACAAAAACAGUAUAGCUGCAUUAGUGACAUUCUACAGUACAUCGGACUUGUUGUCUAGAAUAGCUAUAGCCAUUUUUGCCGACAGGAAAUAUUUCAGACGUUCUACCAUGGUAGCUGUAUCGUCAACCAUCGUCGGGAUAUCAGGAAUGUUCUUGCAUUUGUAUACAACGUACGUAAGCCUAGUUAUAUAUUCCAUCAUUUUGGGACUAUUUAGUGGAGUCUACCUUUCGCUAUAUUGUGCAAUCGUCGUGGAUUUUCUCGGACAAGAUUUGUUAAACAGUACCCUCGGUUUCACGUUUUUAUUCUCCGGACUGAUGGAGGCAUUAUCGUUUUACCUUGUUGGAUUGGUGAGGGACAAGACUGGAUCCUACGUUUAUUCUUAUUAUUUGCUGUGUUCGAUGUGUAUAUUUGGUGGAUCGGUAAUGGCCGUGCUACCUUUAAUUAAUAAACAUUUGAAGUUUCGCGAAAAGAGAUGAAACAAGUACCUAAGCAAACUAAGGAACUUUUCAACACAAUUUUACAAGAUUUACUGAUUUUCUCCGAACAUGAAUAAAUAAAUUUGUGACCGAAAAGUCGUCGGAAAUAAAAGUUUUAAAACGCGUUUAUAUAAUAUACUUAUAAUGGAGAUUUAAAAAUACUCCUAUGUUUUAUUUAUUUGGAAAAUGUGUUAAGACUGUACGGCUAUGUGUUUUCAAAUUCCCUUAAUGAUAAAACGAUAAACGAUCGAGCUGCGCUUACAACUUGACCAUUGGAAGCAGUUUGUUUGGCGGGUGAUAUUCUAAGGCUCGGUUUCUAUUUGGUGAAAUUUACUUUGUGGAAUGAGGCGGACUAAGGCAAUGGUCAGUCAGUGAUUCAAAAUCUUGAAAAGCUAAAUCAGUAUGCACGAUACUAUUUGAGUCUCAGAGUCAACUUGACAUUGUUUACGUUCACUUGUUUUCUAAACACUUGGCUUUUAAAUUAAUUCUCUGGCAUGAAGAAAGAACCGAUUCUAACACGGUAGGUCAUUAAAUCAUCGCCCAUUUUGAAAAUACUUAAUAGUUAACAAAUAUUUGCACAGGUAAAACAUAUUGCCGCCAUGAUACAUAUUCUUACAAACAAACAUAAAAAGAAAGAAAAAAACGAGUAAUGUUGCAAGUUAUAACAUUUGUAAUAGCCCUUACCAUAAUAAAGCAUUGUCAAGUGUCCGCUACAGAGUUUGUUCACAUGGUGACCCUAGGGACAAAACUGGCCCCUCCCU